AUGACUUCCGCUCGGAGCCGCCUCCUGUUUCUUGUCGCCCUGCUCGCGUGCGCCGCGGCCACAGCGGCGAAGCACGACAAGUCGUUCGACAAGUACAUGACUCUGCCCGACUUCUGCAGGUGGAACGGCGGCUGCUCUCGCCAGAACGACGGCUCCGUGAAGCUCACCGCCUUCUGGGAUAAGAUGGGCAAGUUCACCUCUAAGGGCUACUUCGGUUACGGAAUCUUCCGAGUCAACAUGAAGCUUCCUUCGGGUUACUCCGGCGGUUUAAUCCCCUGCAUCUACCUUAUUUCGGGUAACAACCCAAAAUACACCGACCCUCACGACGAGAUCGACCUUGAAUUUAUCGGAGGAAAUACCCCAAAAGAUAUCAUUCUACACACGAAUCUAAUAUCCGGUGGGCAGGUGUACCUACAGCAGUACAAGUUCCCCUUCGAUCCGUCCGCCGCGUUCCACACCUACACCAUCGUCUACUCGCCGGAUUACGUCAUGUGGGCCGUCGAUGACACCCCCAUCCGCAUCCACUGGAAGGAGAGCGGCCGCCCUUUCCCGUCCCAGAACGUCAAGUUCGAGGGAUCCAUUUGGGACGCUUCUGCGUGGAGCAAAUUAAAGCCCAACUGGGGUAACGGGCCUAAGGAAGUCAUGUUCCGCCGCUUCGACCUGCACUACACGUGCAAGGCGUCGGGGCAGACGGGCACCCCGUGGUGUAACAGCCUGCGCGGAAAGAAGGCCCCUUGGGCGCGCAAGCCUAGCGCAGCGGCAAUCGCGCGUUGCAACGAGUUUCGGAAGAACUACUUGGUGAAGGACUACGGCUGGUCGCGGAUAUAG